UGAAGAGGAUGAAAUAGAAUCAGAUACGCUUGCUCCCAAACAUACUUCCACAGGACUGCUCUGAGAAGCCACUUUCCCUGUCACAUUAAUGCUCUAAAGCAAAAUCACUCAUCUCUAGCAUUAUUGAGGAGGGUUUUGUAUUUCUGAACUCCCCCCAUCCCUCCCCCUGUGCCUCAUGCCCUUCUAGGCUGUAGCCCUGCCAGUGCCUUAAUACUUUUUAGAAGGGGAAAAAAAUGAACGGGGAUGUGGAGAGAAGCCUUUGAAAGGAGAAAAGUGGAAAUCUCCAGGAACUGAAGCAGGCACAGAGUUCAGACAGGAGUGUCUGUAGGUUGGUAGCUGUAUGAUGAUCAUGGCUGAAUGUUUCCUCCACAGAGAGAGAUCUUUGGCAGUUUGAGCCUCCGAGAUCAGUGCCCUGCUAAUGCCAGCUGUACAGUAGCACAGUCUCCAGUAGCACAGUCUUAAUCCUGGUCUCCAAGUUCCUGGUGCUUCUAUUGCCAGUGACCAAUCUGAUUGUCCAAAGGUCAUAGGUGCAUAGAUUAUAAGGUCAGAAGGGAUCCUUAGAUCAUCUUCUAGUCUGACCUCCUGUAUAACACAGGCCAUAUAAUUUCACCCAGCUCCCUCUGUAUUAUGUCCAGUAACUUGUCGGACAAUGCCGUAUUGCCCCCUAUAACACAACAUCAUUGCAGCACUUCUAUCCUCUCCCUCAACCAUCCCAAGGAAGAUGUUUGCAAUGAUGAUUCCAAACUGGGAAGAUACUGUAUGUCAGCAGCAACACCGCACAAGGUGGCGGUUGCACUGGAUUCCAGCCUGCCCGAGUCACACCAUGGUGAGCAUCUGGGAAAACAAAUGCCACAACCUGGUUACAGAGGUAGGGACUGGUGCUGUUCUCCGGGGCUCUCCUGGCUCAAGAGCCUGAGUGGCCACUCCUUCUACUAUCCAGCCCUUUGUCUAGUUGAUAAUCACUUUGUAGCUUGGAAGGCUGAGAAAAAACAAAACCAUUUGCUCUUGUUCUCCACUAAUAUGGUUGUCUCUGUAAAGCUACUAUUUGGCUUUUCAGUGUCAGGUUGCCACUGAGACCUUUCUAUGACUUGGGGUUAGAAGGCCCCUUUAUUAUUGUGACUUUUCACAGCAGCUAGCCCAUGUGGUACCACCAUCAUACUCUCACCAUGGUUCUCAGAGAGAUGGACUCUUGUACUGUUUUUCCUUAGUUUCUUCUCUCAGCUUUCCAGGGCCACACCCCAACAGUCAUGGUAGCUACCUGAUUCUCUUCAGCCCUCUGCUUUCAUCCUCCCCACUGGCGACAGGUAUGGCUCCUGAUCAGUCAUCAGAUUGACAGCAGGUCUGGUACGAUCCUGCGGAAUGCAUUCCAGUCAAAUGGAGUGGCCAGAGGUCCAGAGAGCUAUUCUUUGCCCACUCUGCUUGCUUGCUUGCUGCUCUCACCUUCCAAGAGGCUUUGAGCUUGUGUUCAGUAGAAGCUGCCUCUGCUCCUUGUUCCUUGUGGUUUUUUUAAGCCUGUUGCUUUCCACUUUUCUUUUUCUUAUUUUCCAUUUUUUUCCAUUUAGAGGGGGAAAAAUAUUUAUCAGAUUGAGAUGCGCUAAUUAAAGCCAUUUUCUGGUAUUUGGUUAAUGGAGUGUUUGAUGUCUCUCUGACAAGACCAUGAAAUGCACGGAGCGUCCACAGGGACGGAAUUUGCUGAACACGGCGCUUUGUAAAUGAGGGGACACAGUGUCGCAGCAGCUCAUGAAUAUGAAACGCCCAUGAUGCUACCUCGGUGGACUUGGGAACACAGAUGAAUCCUGUCAUGUGCUAAAUGAGACCAAUUUCUUUCACUUAACUUCAUCUUCAAUCAGACCUUCUUCCAUUUGCCUGUUUAAAAUUCCCCAAACGUGAUGCAGAAGGUAAAAGCAUUCAGUAAAAUAAAGUUUUGCAGCAGCAGAGAAAUUAUAAUUAUCCCUGGUUUAAGUUGCAUGCUCAUAACAUGUAAAAUUAAGUUAGUUUCUGUCAUUCUUUAAGUGAGGAGCCUGUAAUUCUGUGCGUUGAGGAUAAACAAACCUGUUUUGAAGGGGUCAGCUUGCCCCCAAAGCUGCCAUACUCUGGGUAGUCUUCACUCUGUAGUCUCAGUCGUAGCAAAGGUGUGCAUAGCAUUGUGUGGUCACUGAAGAUGCCUGCAUUGCUGCUGUGCGGAGCUUGCAUUCUGAACUGGCCACUGAAAAUGUCACGUGACUAGGGGGAGAAAAUCCUCAUUAAGCAUGAAUUGCGAGAUUUUUAGUGUGACUCUCAGCACUUGGAGUUGUGAUUCCAGAGAGAAUGGCUGUGCAGCUCUAGGGGGCCUACAUUAAAAGGGGAGGGUUAGUGGCUGUAAAAGAUGUACUUUAACUGAAUCAGUGUUGGCACUGGACUGGCACCAAGGAGACAGGGCUUCCAAUCCCAGCUCCGCCUGACCUGUCUGGCCUUGGGCAAUCCACGUCUCCUCUCUGAAUUUGUUUUUCCCCCAUCCACUUUGUCUUGUCAAUUUAGCCUGUAAACUCUUUGGAGCAGGGACUGCCUUACUGGGUGUUUGUACAGCACCUAGCACAAUGGGGCCUCGGUCUCAUUUGGGGCCUCUAGGUGCUGCUGUAAUACAAAUAACAAGCUGGUGUGACUUGCAUGUGGAGGAGGAAGGUGCAGCAGGAAAAGCAACGGCCAGGAGUGUGAAGGCUGUAAGGUAAAGUGGGUUCUUACCCCUCCUAGCAGUUGCUUUUCCUGCCUCUACCUCUCCGUCUAUCUCCUCUGCAGAUCAGUUACCUGUGUAAGAGGCAGAAAGGCAGAUGGUCACAGGUACCCAGCCUGGACUACGGCCAUCACUAGUGUCUCUUGUUUGUUAUAUCUUAAAAAGCACUCUCCCCUGCUAAUCAUUCAAGUACCCAGUCUGAGUAAGCAUGUGUCCUCCUUCCCUUCCGAACUCCUACUUUCUUACACCAACUUGCCUCACCAUAACUUAGAUGCAAUGAUCUUUAGGGUCUGGAUUGUUUCUUAUUCUUUUGUGACCAGUGCCUAGCCCACUGCCAGCCCUGACCAGCCUGGGGUCUCUGAUGCUCUUGUCAUAGAGAUAAUAAUACACUUUAUUAGCUAUUAACAAGACUUCUACAUUUGGUCUAGGAAAUUAUAACUUAGCUGUUAACUAUCACUUGGGGCUAGUGCCACAGUAGUUCUGGGUUUGAUGAGCUUAGUUUGAAUUGCCUCCAAGAGAGAGCUCCUGGCUCCUUGGGAAACUUAAAAUCAGACUAGAUGUAGGUGUGGAGAAUAGACCACAGGAAACAGUUCUGUGUUGGCCAGCAUGGGGCUCAAAUAUUUAUUUUCCAUCUCUGCCUUGUUUGAUUCCUGGGCCCAGGCUGGCAUGGUCUGAGGAAGAGGAUGCCAAGGGAAAGUGCUUUAUGUUACUAUUUGAUCCCCUUUAACCAAACUGAGGUCUGAAGAGGAGUCCCAUCUAGGUUUCCUUAAGGUCACUCUGGGAGCAUGGGGGGCCUUGAGUUGUUUUCCCUGACUUCCAGAAACCCAUUUCUUCUGUUUUCUGUCUGUAAAACGUUACCCAACGUAUGCCUCUUCCACUCCUCUUCCUCUUUCUUCACUGAUUUUACCAGAAGGAAAACUGGGUGUAUUUUAACUGGGGAGGAAUGAGUGCUCCUUUUAAGAGCAGGGUACAGUCGAACAUUCUCCAUGGUAUCACAAAACUGAUACCAGAGGAACUCUGGUGGAGGCUGUGGUUGAGGGCGGACCUGCAUGAGUUACACUAAAGGGGCCCAGAGUCUAGUUGGGAGACCAAGUGCUAAGAGAUGACUUGUACCUAAUUUUAUUAUUAUUCUUUGUUUGUUUUUGUUGUUGGUAAUUGGCAUUUGAUUUUACAUUAUCUUUAUGCUCUGAGUUCUGGGCCUGGGAGGGAAGGGUGUGCUAUAGGGGGAGGGAAAUCCCCUGCUGGAGCAAUUCUAUCUGGGCUGUAACAUGGCUGGUGUGGUCUUCACCCAGCUGCAAAGACUUGUCUGCAAUAUUUUAUUGAAAUUGGCAGAUGUUAGAGAUCAGGAAACUGCCCUUCCUUCUAAAACACAGCUAUGCGUUGUGAAUCUGUUUGUUUCCAGAUUGUGGUGCCGUUCUUUGUUCUCUGUUUCAUUUUACAAUGUGCAGGCCCUUCAGCGGCAUCAUUGCAAUGAUGAUGUUUUUGUGUUUGAUAAGAUGUUCCCAAUUCCCAUAUGCACAUGCUGGAAUGCGAUUCCCAGCUGCUCUUCAAUGUGUAUAGACGUUAUGAAGCCAUGUACGAGGCUCAUAUGCAAAGGCCCUGAUUUCAGAUAGAUUAUAAUGUAGACAGAAAAUUUUACAACAAGAUUCCAUAUGGAAAAAUCAAAGUUAAUUGAUUUGGUGGAAAAGCUCUGAAAUAUAGACACUCUGUAGGAGGCAGGACCCAGAGAAUCAGGGAUAGCUGAGAGAGACCAGGAUGAUAUGGGCAAUACACUAUCUGGGAGAUUUGCAGCUGCUGAAAUAAGGCCAGUGCAGUUUCUGGCUGUGUGCGCAUGGGUCCUGCAUUGUAAGACAGAGAGGACAUAGUCCUGCAAAGAUUUACUUACAUGCUUAACUUAACAUGUGAGUAGUUUCACUGAAGGUGAUGUGAAUGCUAAAAGAUAGCAUGUGUUGGCAGUCAUAGCACAGCCAUGGGGUGGAACUGGAAUAUUGCAAUAACUUCUCAGCAGUGUUACCAGAAAGAUAUUGGGAAAACUGUAGUAAGAUCUGAGAAGAGCAACAAAAAUGAUCAGGAAGGUGGGUGGCUUGAGUAAAAAAGAUGCUUGGCUAACUGAUGGCAAAGGCAAUGCUGUGAUGGUUUACAAAUAUGCAAAGAGUGUGAACAGAAAGAAGGGAGCAGAAUUAUUUAGAGUGGCACAACAGGGAUGGGGCAGGAGAGGAGGAAAUUACAAGUAGUGGGUUGAAAUUUAAAAUUUUUUUUUAUGCUGAAUAGCAUUUAAAUCUGGCCAGUGGGAUCUGUUAGCCUGGGAGCUGGGGAUGCCCCAUAGUAUAGGACAUUUCAAGGUAAACUGGACAUGACUCUACAUGGCAUACAAUAGGGAACAAUACUGCAUUGGCCACCAUAGGAUGGGCUGGUGGGAAACUAAUAGAGCACUUCCAUUUAUGUCUAAAUUCUACUGUCUACGAUUCUCUCAAAGUACCUACGUGGUGUUAGAGCCUUGAAUUCCUUGAGAGAGAGAGAGUUUCUACCUGGUAAAUUCACUGGCUUUCCGUAGCCUAUUUUUUUGAGAAUGCUGUGUGGCUGCAAUGCUCGGUAAGGGUUCAUUCCACUCCAGUUGCAGCCUGUGGGAGUCUUUCCAUGGAAUUCAUUGGAAGCUGGAUUUGGCCCUGUGUCAGCAAGUCUAGCAGCAGGAUAUCCAGUUUGUAAAACUCUAGGAUCCUGCAGGGUGAAAGAUCCAUCAUUGAGCUGGGUCUGACAUUUGUGGCCCAUCUGCAAGAAAAAGGGAGCAACAAAGCCCAAAGGAAUCCAAGAGAGCAAGACCCAACCGGAGAAGGAAUCAAAAUAAAUAAUGAAUGGGGAAGCUAGGCUGUUGGUUAGCUGAUAGAGGGAGGGAUCCUGCAGGGGUUCAAACACCCUCAAAUCCAUUGGAGUCAAAGAGGAAUGAGGACACUCAACUCCUUGCAGAACUGGAUCCUUUCUGCAUGUGACACCAAGAGUGCUGCUCAGUAGAGGAGUGUAGAAAUGCUCCCCGUUAGUUUUACAUUAAUUUCUAUUAACAGGGGAACAUUUUUCAUCAGUGUAACAUCCAGUUCCAGUCUCUACCCAUAGAUUUGUGUGUAUCUUCGCAAAUGUCUCUAGCAAAGAAUAGGCUAACUUUCAAACAUCUUUGAAAGCCUCCAGCUCCCCUUAACCACUGAACUGCUGAGCAGCACUUCAGACAAUCCGAGAAAUUAGAGACCCAAAAGACCCCCCAGGUUUCAUCUAGUAUGGCCAUCCCCUUGCUUCUGCCCAUGCAGGAAUGUUCCCUAAUCCCUACAGUCACUCUCCAGGGUCUUGCCAAGUCCUGCUUUUAAAUGACUGUAGCCAUGGGAAUCUCACAUUUUCUGAUGGGCAGUUAGAGAUGUCCCCUUAGUCCAUUUUGCCUGUGAUUCAACAAAACUUCUUUUCUGUGCUCAGCUUCAUCUCUUUACUUGUAAGCUAAUCCCCGCAAACCAGCCUACACAAUUUGUCUCUUCCUUACUCUUUGCCCCUUAUCCACAAUGACUCUGCCCCCCAUAGCUAUCACUGGGCUGAGCCCUACAUAUUCAGCUCUUAUAAUCUCUCCCUCUAAAUCAGUCACUCCGUCAGCUGAAUCGCUUUUGUUCUUUUGUCCCUUCAUUGCACUUUGCCAGCAGCUGGGAGCCCCUGCUGGGAAGAAUCAGUGCAAUGGCAGCUUCCGCUGUGAGAGCGGUCAGGGCUCCGCAGCGAGCAGAACAGUAACAGGCCAUUGUCAAAUGGCGCAGUGACUCAGUGCUAUGGAAUUGCCAGCCUUUGCCUUCCUCUGUCUCAGGGAUGGAUCAGGCCAAGUUGCUACAGUUUCCCUGCAAAGGUCUUUAUGAAGUUUGCUGCAGCCAGAAAGCUGUUCCAUAGGCACCUAUUUGUUGGGUGGUUGGGGAGCUGGAUGGCACGGCUCUGCUGAGAUCAUCCAAGCUGUCACUGCCUCUCGCUGCAGCCUCCAUCCUCCUCAGCCCUUUCAGCAGGCAGCCAAUUAGAGAGAAAUCCCACUGUGUGGCUAGCUCCAAACAGCCAUCUCGCCAAGGCCUGGGCUGACCCAGACUCUGCUGCAGAUGGGCCAGCGCUGUCUCCUCUGGCCGGGGAAGGGGAGCUGGGGGAGCCUGUAGCGAUGCGGAGUGGACAUGAGGCAGGAGCAGUGCCAUUUGGAGCUGUGGGAGGCUGCACAGCACUGACAGGAGGCAGGAGGAGGAAGCUGCUCAAGAAGGCCCGGUCUUGAGCCCCAAACUCUUCAGGUGGGGCUGUCUCUCCAGCUCCUGAAUAUUCAUCUCAGCCUGGGCUGCAAAAAGGGUAGAGCUAGAAAUAGCCAACUGCUGCAUUCCAACACUAUAGCAGCAGUGCUACAGAUGGAGCCAGGAGCAGCCUGAUUGCUCAAGCCCCUGGCAUGCCUGCUUCAUUCAGAUGCCAACUGGGUGAAGAAUCUCCAGAGAGCGGAGCCAUUCAGCUCCCCAGCUCCAGGGACAGGGGCCCCUGGAGCAGUCUUCUAGCAAACCAUAGGCCUUUAAAGGGACACUACACUAAGGGCUUGGCUACACUUGCGAAUUACAGCGCAAUAAAGGAGCCCCAGGCACACUAGCUCACUACCUGUCCACACUGGCAAGGCACGUAGAGCGCUCUGACUCCGCGGCUACAGCAUUGCUGGUACUCCACCUCGGCGAGUGGAAUAACGUUUGCUGCGCCCCCUCUGGAGUGCCGUGGCGCCAGUGUGGACGCCCUGGUCCUAUAGUGCGCUCUGAGCGGCCUCCAGAAGUGUCCCACAAUGCCUGUUCUAGCCACUCUGGUAAUCACUUUGAACUCUACUCCCCUGCCUCAGGUGACCAACUGUCAGACCCGCCCUUUAAAUUCUCUGGGAAUUUUGAAAAUCCCCUUCCUGUUUGCUCAGCAAGGGGUGGAGUGCUCUCAGCGAAUCUUUCCAGGUGACCAUGCCUCCAUGCGCCAGGCGAUCCCCGGUAUGGAGCAAUAGCGAGGUGCUGGACCUCAUCAGUGUCAUCAGGGAGGAAGCUGUCCAGUCCCAGCUGCGCUCCAGCCAUAGGAAUUACAAUACGUUUGGGCAGAUAUCAAGGGACAUGAUGGAAAGAGGCCAUGACCAGGACGCACUGCAGUGCAGGGUUAAAGUGAAGGAGCUGCGGAAUGCCUACUGCAAAGCCCGCGAGGCAAACAGCUGCUCCGGUGCUGCCCCUGCGACCUGCCAUUUCUACAAAAAGCUGGACGCAAUACUCAGGGGUGACCCCACCUCCACUCCAAGUACCACCAUGGACACUUCAGAGCCCAGUUCAACAAGGCAGGGGGAGGAGGAGGAGGAGCAAAGCAGGAGCGAGGGUUCUGAGGCGGAGGAAGACACCCCAGUAUCCCUAGAUGCAUGCAGCCAGGAGCUGUUCUCAAGCCAGGAGGAAGGUAGCCAGUCAUGGCAGCCGGUGCUUGGGGAAGGACAAACACCAGAGGAGGUUCCCGAUGCAACCUUGAGAUCUCAGCCGUCUGUGUUAUCACUGGCCAAAAGACUCCAAAGAAUCAGAAAGAGGCCACGUAGAAGCAAGGAAGACAUGUUGCAUGAAGUAAUGCAGCAUUCAAGUAAUGAAAAUCAAAAAGUGCAGGAGUGGCGGGACAGUGAAAGGAGGAUCCGCCAGCAGAAUGAGAAGUGCUGGCACAAAAGUGUGGUGCUCCGGCAGCAAAGUACGGAUCAGCUGAUAAGCAUAAUGGUGCACCAAGCGGACUCAAUCCAGGCGCUCAUAGCCAUGCAGGCAGAGCACUACCGCGCCCGCAGCCCUUGUCCCAAAACUCUUUCCCUCGUGCCCCCAUGUCACCUCCAACCCACUUUCCCCAACAUCCAGGUUCUUACCACCACCAGCUGCCUCCAGCACCUAUAGCUUCACCACCCAGCCCUGAAAACUACAACCCUUACCCUCUGCACUCAACCCCCGAUCACCAUGCAGUAUAGCCAUCCUGAAGUGCAGCACUCAUUGCACAGAACUCCAGACAGGAAGGCUGAGUAUAACAGGACAUACGCAAAUCUGUGAUUGUACUGUUCCCGACCCCACCCUCUUGCCCUUUCUGUUUUCCAAGCAGUUGUAUUUCUUUUCAAUAAAUGGAUUUAUU